GGAAGUGGCAAGAUGUUGGAGAAGAAGCGCGAGUUCAGCGGGGAGGAGGUGAUCGCCGAGUUCGAACGGCUGACGCAGGACGCCGCCGCCGUCCAGCGGGAGACGCUGCGGCGGAUCCUCGCCGAUAACGGCGCCACCGAGUACCUCCAGGGGCGGGGCCUCGCCGGCCGCACUGACCCGGACAGCUUCCGGGCCUGCGUGCCGCUCGCCACGCACGACGACCUCGAGCCCUAUAUUUCGCGCAUCGCCGACGGUGACACCUCUCCCGUCCUCACCGCCAAGCCCAUCACCUCGAUCUCCCUCAGCUCCGGCACGACGCAGGGGAAGCGCAAGUAUCUGCCCUUCAACGACGAGCUCUUUAAGUUGACGAUGCAUGUAUACCGGACUUCCUUCGCUUUCAGGAACAGGGCGUUCCCCGUCGAGGACGGCAAGGCACUGCAGUUCGUCUACGGCAGCCGGCAGUUCACGACCAAGGGCGGCCUCAUAGCGACCACGGCCACCACCAACUUGUAUCGUAACGAGGAGUUCAAGGCCAUGAUGUGCGACAUCCAGUUGCCAUGCUGCAGCCCCAACGAGGUGAUCAUGAGCCCGGACUUCGCGCAGUCGCUCUACUGCCACCUUCUCUGCGGCCUGCUCUUCGCCGACGAGGUCCGCACCGUGUUCUCCAUGUUCGGACACAACCUCGUGCUCGCCUUCCAAACGUUCGAGCGGGUGUGGGUGGAGUUGUGCUCCGACAUCCGCGACGGAGUCCUGUCGCCGACGCGGGUCACCGCGCCUGCCGUCCGGCAGGCCGUGUCUGCGCUCCUCGCCCCGGAUCCCGCGCUCGCCGACGAGGUGGCACGCAAGUGCGCCGGCCUCAGCGACUGGUACGGGGUGAUCCCGGCGCUGUGGCCCAACGCCAAGUACGUGCACAGCAUCGUGACGGGGUCCAUGGAGCACUAUGUCAAGAAGCUCCGGCGCUAUGCCGGUGGCCUGCCGCUUGUCGCCAUGGAUUACGGCGCGUCUGAGGGGAUGAUCGGAGCCAACGUGGAGCCUGGGUUGCCACCGGAGUCCGCCACGUUUACAGUGCUCCCCGACAUUGCCUACUUCGAGUUCAUCCCUCUGAACAACAGUGACGGCGGAGCCUCUGCCGACGCGUUGUACACCGAGGCGGAGCCCGUCGAUCUGACGGAGGUCGCCAUCGGUGAGCAUUACGAGGUUGUCAUGACCACCUUCGCAGGGUUGUACCGGUACCGUAUGGGGGACGUGGUGAAGGUGGCCGGGUUCUACAACUCCACGCCCAAGCUCAAGUUCGUGGGCCGGAGGAGCCUCACGCUGUCCAUCAACGUCGACAAGAACACCGAGCAGGACGUGCAGCGCGCCGUCGACGGCGCGGCCAAGAUCCUCCCCGCGGAGAAGUUGGAGGUCGUGGAGUACACCAGCUACGCCGAAGUGUCGUGCGACCCGGGCCACUACAUCGUCUUCUGGGAGCUCAACGAUGAGGCCAACGACGACGUGCUGCAGAGCUGCUGCGACGAGCUGGACAGGGGCUUCGCAGACGCUGGGUACGUGAGCUCGAGGAAGACGCGGGGCAUCGGGCCUCUGGAGCUGCGGGUGCUGCAGAGUGGCACUUUCCAGAAGGUGCUGCACCACUACCUUUCCCUCGGCGCCCCCAUGAACCAGUUUAAGCUGCCGCGGUGCGUCGCCCGGUCCAACUCCGGCGUCCUCCAGAUUCUCGCCGGCAACGCCGUGAAGGUCUUCUUCAGCAAUGCCUAUGACUGAAGUACACAUUGGCGGCUUGGCGCAUUGAGCAGAGUAGUUGUAGUUCAGCAGGAUUUGCAUGCAGAUGCAGGUGUUGUGAGUGUAACAAUUGGCGUUGUUCCAAGUGAGUUCCAGUGUUUUCUCUGUUGCCAAGUGGCCACGGGCCAAAAUGUCUUCCAUAUCUUAGCUUGCAUCUACCAUUUCUCUUUCACUCAUGUGUCCUAUUUGCUUGUAAAGCU